AUGAAGGACCAAACCCCAAGACCUGGCGGUGAGACAAAGGACGAGGUUGAUAACCGACAGCUCGAUUUGGGCGAGGCUUUUACCUGGGACGAUGUUCCAGAUUUCGACCUAGAAGUCCAAAGACUCGAAGACAGCCUCGAGAUCGCUGGAGACGUGUCAACGCGUGCUGUACAGCUCAGAAAUCUAGGGAGAGCUUAUGCUAACAGACAUACGGUGACGAAUGAAAUACUGGAUCUCAACAAAGCCAUCCAAAACUAUCAAGAGGCUCUAAGGCUGGCAUCUUCUGAUAAUCCCUCACAAACAGGUGACUUGGCUGGCCUGGCUAUAGCUACCUACCAGAAAUUCUUACAAAGUGGUGAGAAAUGCGAUAUAGACAGUUGCAUCCAAUUGCUCGAAGAGUCUCUUGAGAGCUCCGACGCUCAGUAUAUCACCUCGCUACAUCGACAAAACAUCUUAGCGCAAGUAUACCAUUCAAAGUGGAAUAUAUCCAGAGAAGAUGCUCAAGAUCUCGACCAGUCCAUAGGUCUGUUUGAACAGAUUAUAGAUCUUGAAUCUGCAGACAAUGCUUCUCACACAAACUCGUUGAUGAAACUCGGGGUGCUGUAUGAGAACAGGUUUGACAGGACUGGGAAUUUAGAAGACUUGAAAUCCUGCUUGAAGCGAUCUCAAGACGCGCUCAUUGUCCUCGGUUCUGGCAAAUCUCAGAAGAGAGCGGAAGUACUCCUAAAUCUUGGAACUGCCUUUGGGAAAAGAUUCGAUCGUCUAGGAGACACGGAAGACCUCGAUUGUUCCAUCAACUACUAUGGCGACGCUGUGGAGGCUUCUCCAGACAACACAUCGCCAUUAGAACGUUAUAGCCUCAUGUUGCAUCUAGGGUUGGGGCAUGCGAAGAGGUAUGAGAGCCUUGACUCUAGAGAAGAUCUAGAUAUUGCGAUUCGAGUUCUGAAGAGUGCCGUGGAUCUCGUCACGGAACACAGCGCAUUCCAAGUAUCUGCCAUGCUGCACCAACAAAAGUUCAACCGAUCUCGCGCCCUCACCGACCUUGAUGAAGCAAUUGCCUGGCUGCAGAAGGCUGAGGACCUGGUACCACAUGACAAAACUUGGAUUGAUUUCCGCAUUUGCCACCAGGUAUGA